ACAAAAGGGAGAGUGACAUAUAAACAUGGCUUUCCUUAUGUUAUAUCCUGCUGUUGCAGUUCUCAGUAUGUUUGUAUUAAUGGUUAUUAUAUUGAUUCUAAGAUUUGGAGCACAAUGGUGCAAGCUCCGCCACAAUACAAUACCUGAACAGGAUUAUUGGAAUGAGGAUGAUGCAUAUGAGCAAAAAGUAUCUUAUGCAUAGUUGUAUGACAGUGCCUUUCCCUCACAAUACAAAGUAGUUUAAGCAAUUAAUAUAGAUAGUAAGAGUAUUUUUUCAAGAUGCUUUCUUUUUAGCACUUUAGAAUAAAUAUUGGAAUUAUUAUGUAAAUUUCAUGUAUGUGCACAUUUUGUGAGAAUUAAUUGUAUCCGUCCAAAAUAAUGAUAUUAUAUUUACAUUUUACUCUCUUUUUUUAUUGUACUAGAAAUAGUGUUUAGAUGUAAGCCAUGGAAUGAUCUAACAAUGUAUGUAGUACUUUCAUUUAAAUAUUUUGAUAUUAUCUGACAGACUGUUAGAAUAUAUCAGUGAAUACCUAACGUAUUCACUGAUAUAUAUUAUCAUUAAGGUUUUUAUAUAUAAAACAUUUAUAAUUAAUUAUGUGACCAUUUAUUGCACUUGCUAUUGCAUUUAGUGCUAGAUAUUUGCCAGUUUAUCCGUCCAAUAAAUAACUAACUAUUAAAA